AUGGCCGCCAAUGUGGGAUCGAUGUUUCAAUAUUGGAAGAAAUUUGAUCUACGGCGGCUGCAGAAGGAGUUGAACUCAGUCGCAUCAGAGCUAGCAGCCCGGCAGGAGGAGAGCGAACAAUCUCACAAACAUCUAAUAGAACUGAGCCGAGAAUUCAAAAGAAAUGUACCAGAGGAGAUUAGAGAGAUGGUGGCACCUCUGCUAAAGAGCUUCCAAGCUGAGGUGGUAGCACUUAGUAAGAGAAGCAAGGAGGCUGAGGCUGCCUUUCUUAAUGUUUACAAGCAAUUAAUAGAAGCGCCAGACCCUGCCCCUUCUCUCGAAGCAGCUCGUAACCUGGAGGAGAAACUGCUGCAGAUCCAACGCAAUGAACCAGAGAGUCGAAUAGGGAAGGAUUUCUUCAGACACUAUAAGAAACAAUCCGAACUGCUCAACUAAAGGAAAGACAGGAAACAGGGAACUUUGGGCCAAGGGGAACCACUGGAUGAUGAGGAUUUCGAAGCAACUCCACAGCGUACAAAGGAUGUCUCCAGUGGUGGAUCAGAAGAGGAGCCCAAGGCGGAACACAGUGAGGACAUGCAGGCAGACCUCUGGAACCUCCAGGGAGGCAGGGUCACCAGGGAGGCCUUGAUUCAAUGCAUCUUCAGCUCGGCUGCCAAGGCGAGGCUGCCACCUCAUGCCAGGGCCACAGAACAAUCAGCAGAAACCUCUCCAGCUAGCAUCAAGGCAUCUGAGGAAUUACAAAAGAGCAGCACAGACAGCACAGCACUUAAAAGCGAUAACCUGUCACAGAAAAAUGAGGCAGAAAAGGAAAGGAAACUACAGGAAGCACAGAUCACCUUGGCUGCCAGACUUGGGGAAGCAGAAGAAAAAAUUAUGGUCCUUCACUCAGCUUUGAAGACAACACAAACAGAGCUCCUGGACCUGAGGUGUAAAUAUGAUGAAGAAGCAGCAUCUAAGACAGACGAAUUGGGAAUGAUCAUGACCAACUUAGAGAAGGCUAAUCAGAGAGCUGAAGCUGCUCAGAGAGAAGUAGAGAGUCUUCGAGAACAGUCUGUAAACAGCUCCAUCCAUUUGGCCUGCCGCUCUCCACGGAUUGCCGGUGUGGAUCAAGCAGACAUUUUGAUGUGCCCUGGUUCAAGGCUGGAGGCAGCACUGGUUGCUAAAGACCGAGAGAUUAUCCGAUUGCUAAAAGAGAUUCAACACCUCCAGACUGCACUGCAUGAACUCCAGGAGAGUUCAGCAACUCAGAUUGCACAGUUGGAGCAGCAACUAGCACUAAAGACUGAAGCUGUUGAGAAAUUAGAAAAGAAGUUGUGUACACAAUUAGACUACGAGGAGCAUAAAACAGAAUUAAGCAUUUUCAAAUCAGUGAAUCCAGCAUCUGCAGAUGGCUAUGUAUCCCAGGAUAGAACAAAAGACACUGAGGAUUCUUUGCCGGAAAAAGAAAUGACCCUUCAAUCUGAGAAGAAAUGUUUACAAGAGAAGCUAAAUACAAAUGCAGAGAUGGAUGAGGAGCCACCGGAAGAAGAUUCUAUGAAAGACACUCUGAAAAGUGGGAAGGGCACCUUAAGCAUAGAGCAUCCUUCACCAUCACCUCAGCCGGUGCCACAUUGGUCAGGAGACGAACAAACUUCUCCAAAGUCCUUACCAGCACAUGAGUCAAGCCGAGGAUCCGAAAUAUCAGGAACAUUUCCUCUCUCUCCGUUCCCCUUAAUUAAAACAAAUGAGAAACCCUCUCUGGAGCCACUGCAUCAUAAACCGUUGAUGUCCCCUCUGUAUACAAAGGACGCUGGAAGUACAGCUGUCUACCCAACUGCACUCUACUCAGCCAAGGGAGCUUUAAUCGUAGGGAAUAGUUCCAGUAACACUGAAGCUGUUCCACCAAGUGACCAGUCAGAAAGCAGCAGUUCUAGUGCUGCUGAGGAGGAACAUCUGGAGACAGCUGAAAUUGCUUUUCAGGUUAAAGAGCAACUCCUAAAGCACAACAUUGGACAACGUGUAUUUGGACACUACGUCCUGGGAUUAUCGCAAGGAUCUGUUAGUGAGAUUCUUGCCAGACCCAAACCAUGGCAUAAGCUUACUGUUAAAGGAAAAGAGCCUUUUAUUAAGAUGAAGCAGUUUCUAUCUGAUGAGCAAAAUAUCCUUGCCCUUCGAACUAUUCAAGUGCGUCAAAGAGGGAGUAUAACUCCUAGGAUUAGGACCCCAGAGACUGGUUCAGAUGAAGCUAUUAAAAAUAUUCUGGAGCAGGCAAAGAAAGAGCUUCAAACUCAAAAAUGUGUUGAAUCUAAAAGCUCUCCCUUGCCUGUGUGCAGUACAAGUUCCAGCAGUAGUGCUGGUUCUGAUGAAGCAAUUCGAUCUAUCCUGGAACAGGCCCGAAGAGAGAUGCAAGCCCAGCAGCAAGUUCUAUUGGAGCUGGAAAGCAGUAGUAGCAGCAACAACACAAUGACAACACCACACAUAGAAACACUACCAGCCACAAACAAAAUCGCUCUUUCCCCUUACAUCAAGCAAGAGGAAGGCAUCACAACUAGAAGUUCACAGACUCCCCUCAGUGUUGUAUCACCUGCGGCCUUUGUACAGAACAUUAUACGGAAAGUGAAAUCAGAAAUUGGUGAUGCCGGAUCGUACUUUGACCAGCACUGGGCCAGUGAGAGAAAUAUGGCUCACAGGUUGUAUGCUUCAGUAUCACCUUCACCAUCAUCCUCUUCCUGUGGUUCUUCUGGGACAGGGAAUGUCAGACAGUGGCGAGCUGAACCUAAUGACAACAGCAAAAAUGGUGAGGAAAAUUCAGUUGGCAUUGAAGGUACGCAUAAACUUGCAGAUAUAAAAUCGGAAGGCAGUCCAGACUCUCAAAGUAUCGGUCAGCUCUCCAUAUUCCCUACGUAUGUCCCACGUUCGCUGAAACCAACAGUUCCUCCAUUGACUCCAGAACAGUACGAGAUGUACAUGUAUCGGGAGGUGGACACAGUAGAACUGACCAGACAAGUUAAAGAAAAGCUGGCCAAAAAUGGAAUCUGUCAGAGGAUCUUUGGUGAAAAGGUGCUGGGCCUAUCCCAGGGGAGUGUGAGUGAUAUGCUUUCUCGACCUAAGCCAUGGAGCAAGCUAACUCAGAAAGGUCGUGAGCCUUUCAUCCGCAUGCAACUGUGGCUUAUUGAUAAGCUAGGCCAGAGUACCCAACCUGCCCAACCUAUACAAGCAAAUAAAACGGUUCAGGCCAGGUAUUCACCUUCACCUCCGCCCAGUCCCACUGACUGUGAGAAGAGCCAGCAGGAACCAGUUAGUGCAGCUCUGGAAAGCACGAAAGAGAACCAGCAACCUGAGAGCCAAUCAGCCUCUCACUCACUGAGUGGUAAGAGCCUGUCCAAUGGCCAAUCACCUACAGGCAUACAGGAAAUGGUAGCCAUAUCCUCUGAGUUGGACACUUAUGCCAUCACUAAGAAGGUUAAAGAAGUAUUAACAGACAACAACUUAGGCCAAAGACUGUUUGGAGAGAGCAUUUUAGGACUGACCCAAGGCUCUGUCUCAGAUUUACUUUCUCGGCCUAAACCCUGGCACAAGCUUAGCCUGAAGGGGAGAGAACCAUUUGUCCGCAUGCAACUGUGGUUAAAUGAUCCUUUCAAUGUGGAGAAAUUGAGAGACAUGAAGAAAAUAGAAAAAAAAGCGUAUCUGAAGCGCAGAUAUGGAUUAAUAAAUGGUGGAUCUGAUAGCGAUUCUCCCAGCACCCAGUCAGAAUCAGCCAGUCCUGGCAUUCAACACCAAGUAUUCCACCACUACCAGGUUAAAAAGCCCAGGGUGGUGCUUGCUCCUGAGGAGAAAGAGGCCCUAAAGAAAGCCUAUCAAUUAGAGCCAUACCCUUCCCAGCAAACCAUCGAGACCCUGGCCUCUCAACUGAACCGUAAGACGAACACAGUUAUCAAUUGGUUCCAUAACUACAGGUCACGUGUUCGAAGGGAAACACUUGUUGAAGAUCUCCAGGAGAAUGAUACAGACCAGGAGCCAACCAGCUAUCGAGGGUACACAACCCACAAUCAUUCACUAAGUGUUGGUCGAUCACAGAGUUCUGACUCUGAGCCAGAAGACAAGAAAACCAUUUUUACUGAAGGGAAGGGCAAACGGCCAACUCCUAUGGUAGAACAUGGGGAGGCGAACAGGGAGAUUAAACAGGAAUUCAGUGAUCAUUGUGAAGAAGAGGAUGAUGACCAUUGUGAUAGCUGUUGCAGUCAAAAUGACAUAGGAAGUGCUGCUUCAUCUGUACACUUCCCUGGCACUGUAAAACGAGACAGAGUAGGGGCAGGCUGCAAUCAUGAGGCACAUCCAUUAAAGACUACUACAGUGCUGCAUAUCCAGAAUCCUCAGUGCUUGAUCAUUGGUUCGUCUAAUUAUGACAAAUUGCACACUAACUCCUCGGACCUCAUGUCUCCGGACAUCUCGCCAAAGUCUAAUGAGAAUGUUUCUGUGCCAAAAGAUACAGAAACCAAUGGCCUAAUCCCUAACAGUUUCAAAGCAAUCUCUGAACCCGCAUGUGGUAAUCUGGAGGUGACUCUGAAUUCUCCUUCUGCAGCCUCUUCUCCAGGCUUAAUGCCAGUUUCUCCAGUCCCGUCCUCUUCUGCUCCUAUCUCUCCAUCAGUGCCUGCCAUUUCAAAGGGGCAGUGCUUGAUUCCUGGCACUGAUGUAGUUGCUUUACAGUCAAACACAAAGCUAAAUAAAAGUAUCCAGAGACGGAAUGCAAAGAUGGCAAAUCUGAACAACAUAAUUCAUCGACUUGAAAGAGCAGCCAAUCGGGAAGAACCUACAGACUGGGAAUUCUAAUGAAAAGUUUUAUUAUGAGCUGAGACUUUAUUAAUUAAUAAAAACCAUAGGAUGCAACUCUGAACUCUUCAAGAGUAGGAAGAAUUUUAAAUGUUUAAUUUAAAUUGAGACUUGGCAAAGCCAAAACUGCAGUAAUUUUUGCAGGUGACUUUGAAUUUUAUGAAUUUACUCUUCAAUUAAACUUCCAGAAUCGCAUUUAGCAUCUGAGGAAAAAAUAUUGACCACUAUUUUAAACAAAAAAUUCAAACAACUUUUAGAAAAAAUAUUUAUUUGUACAAGUCUUAUAUUAAGGACUGGUUGAAAACUCUUUGCUGUAGCAAUUUUCCUACUUGCCAUUAGCUACAGAAUGAAAAUAACAAACAUUGAUUUUGUGCCACUAAACGCACACUUGAAGUCCUGUAGUUUGCCACAGGAAGAGAUUAUUGACAAUAGUCUAAAGCCAUUAAACAGCACUAUGAUCCAGAAGGCUGACCAAAUUUGCUAGCUUAUGGAUAGAAAUUGUUUUCUUAAUUUUGUCUUCAAGACAACUAAUUCAUAUUACCAGAAGUGGACUCUGAUAUAGUCAAGAAGACUCUAAAAAUAGGAACCUCAACACCAUGAACUAUGUACUUAGUUAUUGGUCAUGUGUUUUCAAACAUUUGUAACACAGGGUGUUAUGUGCAAUUGUAUAUGUUGUAGAAACUUCUGCAAUAGCCUUUCUUGAACAAGAUAUAGCAUGGUACGUGAUUAACUCUUCACCCCCAUUAGUCAUUCACCUGUGGUGUUCUGAAGAAUACCAAAAGCCUAAUGAACAGAACUUUGCCUGACAAAAACAAAUAAUUUUGGAGUUUUCAUUUUGUUUUUUCUAACUAUGGAACUAUGAAUCAAAUCGGAAAAAGUAAAAGAGGCAGCUGAUAAAAUCUCUGGUUUUGAAGAAGAAAUUCUACUUCCUGAAUUGUCAUAUCUGGUGUUCAGCAACAGCACAUUGUUCUCUGUGUGAGCAUCUCCCAUUACUACAGCACAGCUGGCCUCUUCAAAUCAGUCUUGAUUUUUGUCCACAUUUUGAAGUUUCUUUCCGCCUUUUAAGAUGUAGUUGAUGUGAUGGCGUUGGUGUAAUCUUAUCUCAUUACAGAAGGUUGAUGUGGCUUUUGGCUCUUCAGGAUUUCCUGUAGCACUUGAUUUUGUCUUGUACCAAAUUUUAAAUCCUGUUUAGCUCAAGGCUAUGGUAAUGCACUUGAUCAUAUUCAGCUGACCCUUUUUAUCCUUGUGUUCAUCUUACCUUUUGUAUUUGUAAAAAGAAAACAUGAAGGCUGAUCUUUGUCUAGCCUUUGUAGUCUUUCUCUGCACUUGGCCACUAAAUACAGUAUAUUUCUGUUUGCAUUGUGUAAGAGUUAUGACCUGCAGCUUGAUUUAUCCUCUGAUGCAGUGUCCCAAAUAUGGUGUUUUAUGUCACUGUAUUUUGGAUUAGUUGUCUAAAAUGUUACCGGUCUGCAAUAGUCCAAAUGGUGGGACAACUAAAGAGACAUUCAAAAGAAGACAAACUGUAUUGCAGUGUCACUAUUGCUUUCACUUGAAUUUAAACUGUUUUCACCAGAGUGCUUAUGGUUUUUCUUUAAAAGGCAGCUGAUAUAUUUUUUCUCCUGAGGAGUAUAGAUAAAAGGAAUGAGAAAAAACAAGUCUGAGCAAUUAGACACAAAGUGAAAAAUGCAAUCAAAUAAUUGACUUCUUCAUUUAGAUUUAGUACCCUUUUAAGGCUGCGCUACUAGUUUAUUUGAUCUGAUUCUAAAGUAUACAGUUUUUCAUGCAUUAUACAUGCAGGUAUACCCUGCAGAUCAAUCUCAAAAUGGCAAUUGUGUUAAACCAAUUGUCAUAAAAACUCUGUGCAACUGUGGCUGAAUUAAAGAUAUGCAGUUUUUAAUGUGACAGUUGAGUCAAUACAGUCAACAUUUUACAAUCAAUCUGUUACACGUUCAGCAAGGAAGUCUGUCUGAAUAGAAUGCUGUUUGAGGCAAGAAAAUAUGAACAUCCGGGCAAAUUUCACUCUUCAAAUCCAUUCUUUGAAGUUGCUUAAUGCUGGAAAUCAAUUUCUCUUUUAAAAAUCCUCAAUUUGGAAUUGUGUCUGUACACUGUUCAGCUGGAAAGAUGAGACUUCAAUUAAAUUUAUCUCUGUUGUA